AUGAACGAAGUUACUGGUCAACAGACCGCUGGGUCUAUAAACCAGGCAAAGAAGACAAGUUGGUUUGGAAAUGUUGCACAAAACCCGUUCAUAUUUGGUGUUGCACUGUUUUCAACCCUCGGUGGCUUCCUCUUUGGCUAUGAUCAGGGAGUUGUUUCGGGAGUCCUCACCAUGGAGUCCUUUGGCGCAAAGUUCCCUCGCGUCUAUAAUGAUAGCGGUUUUAAGGGAUGGUUUGUGUCAACGUUACUUCUGGGUAGAAAGAUGUGUGUGAUCACAGCAGUUGUUGUGUUCGUCAUCGGAUCUGCUAUUCAGGCCGGAGCCGUCAAUAUUCCAAUGCUCUUUGCCGGUCGUGCCAUUGCCGGAUUCUCCGUGGGACAACUGACUAUGGUGGUGCCUUUAUAUAUAUCUGAGGUGUCUCUACCAGAUAUUCGAGGUGGACUCGUUGUAUUACAACAAUGUGGAACAGUCGAGAAGCCCGUUUUUGACCCCUACAAAGAUGUUGGACCAAACGGCUGUGAUGGGCAAUCAGAUGCGUCUUGGAGAGUUCCGUUGGCCUUCCAGAUUCUUCCAGCGUUGGUUUUAGGAGUUGGAACGCUCUUCUUCCCAGACUCACCAAGAUGGCUGUUUAUGAAAGACCGUGAAGAGGAGGGACGCCAGUCACUUGCAACACUACGACAGAAACCUAUUGGUCACCCAUCUAUCGAGACUGAAUUCCUCGAAAUAAAAGCAUCCGUUAUUCUUGAAAAUACGUUUGCUAAGGAAAACAGUUCAUGGGGUGCAAUGUCCUCCCUCCUGGCUACUGGUGUAUAUGGAAUCAUCAACUGCAUUAGCACUCUUCCAGCUUUAUUCUGGAUAGAUAGACUAGGACGUCGAAUGCUUCUAAUGUGCGGUGCAGCUGGAACCUUCAUUUCACUGGUUAUUGUCGGCGCUAUCAUCGGUGCUUACGGUUCCAAUUUCAAAGCUCAUGCCGCCGCUGGAUGGGUUGGGGUUGUGUUCAUCUACCUCUAUGAUGUCAAUUUCUCUUAUUCGUUUGCCCCAAUUGGAUGGGUAUUGCCAUCCGAGAUUUUCCACCUCUCAAUCCGUUCUAAGGCUAUCUCGAUUACUACAUCAACCACGUGGAUGUGCAAUUUUAUCAUCGGCCUGGUAACCCCUGGCAUGCUUGACAAAAUUGGAUGGGGAACAUAUAUCUUUUUUGCCGCAUUCUGUCUUAUUGCCUUUGUUUUCACGUAUCUAUUUGUCCCGGAAACAAGAGGAAAGACGUUGGAGGAGAUGGACAGUGUCUUUGGCGAUACUGAAGCGCAUGAAGAACAAAAGCGUAUCAUGCAGAUCGAAGCAAGCCUUCGCGGGACUGCUAUUGGUGAUUCAGAUGCUGUUAAAGCGAAGGUAUUGGAAGAAUCUGUAUAG